AUGCAUUUUAUUCCCUCAAAAUCAUUCCAUCCGCCCCCUGCUUUUUUUUCCAUUCCAUUCCCUCUUCACCCUUCACUAACAACACUACAACCCACCACCGUUGCCACCUUCCACAACCACCAUCAUCUGUCGUCGCCACCGCCGCGGCCACCCACCAUCGCCGCGGCCACCUCCAAUCGUCGACACCACCCACCUUCGAUCAUUGCCGCCACCGUUGCCACAAUCGCUGCUGCCACCUCUGAUCAACGCCGCCGUCGCCACCCACCUCCGCCACCGCUAUCAACCGCCACCACCCACCGCCGCUACUACCUGCGACGACCGUCGCUGCCGCCACUACCACCUCCGACCACCACCGCCAUCACCACCGCCGCCGCCGCCACCCACCUCUGCCGUCACUCACCACUACGGUUAUCACCACCCGCCGCCUUCUCCACCCACCACCACUGCGAAACGCUGCCGCCGCUACAACUGUUAUGUUAA